AUGAAGCUCUUCUGCACUGUUCUUCUAUUCGCCCUCAUUUCCUGCGUCCAGUCGUACUACUUGUACUAUUAUUACCCAAAUAAUAAUAAUCAGCAAACUACAUAUUAUUAUUAUCCAAAUGGUCAAACAUACUACUACGACAAUUAUAAUAAUGGAUGCUCCAAUUGCUACUACCCGUCAAAUGGAUACCAAACAUACUACUACUACACCUAUGGAAAGAAAUAA